CCUCUGCGCGCGUGGAGUGGCACCGUCCUCCUUCCCGCCGUGCUUUGCGGCACCAGUAGGCGUCGGGCGGCGCCGGAGGAGGACUGGGGGUGCUGAGAGCACAAUGACUACUUUGGAUGACAAAUUGCUGGGAGAGAAACUCCAGUAUUACUACAGCAGUAGUGAGGGAGAAGAUGAAGACAGCGAGAAAGAAGAUAAAGACGAGAGCACCCUUCAUGAUCCUGUCAGUGGGGAAAUGGAGCUAACUGGCGAUGGCAGUGUCAUUAACACAGGUCCAAAAGGCGUCAUUAAUGAUUGGCGAAGAUUCAAACAGCUGGAGACAGAACAACGCGAGGAGCAACGCCGAGAAGUGGAAAGACUUAUAAAGAAGUUGUCCAUGACCUGUAGAUCUCAUUUAGAUGAUGAUGAGAAUAAACAGAAACAGAGAGAGCUUCAGGAAAAACUCAAUGGAAAGAUGACUUUACAAGAGUAUAACAUGGUUCACGAUGCUCAAGACGAUGAGGAAUUUUUACAGCAGUACAGGAAGCAGCGAAUGGAGGAGAUGAGGCAACAACUGUACAGUGGGCAGCAGUUCAAGCAGGUGUUUGACAUCACCACUGGGGAAGGGUUUUUGGACACUAUUGAUAAGGAACACAAGAGCACGCUGGUCAUGAUCCAUAUUUAUGAAGAUGACAUCCCUGGCUCUGAAUCCCUCAAUGGCUGCAUGAUCUGUCUUGCUGCUGAAUACCCAAUGGUCAAAUUCUGCCGAGUAAAGAGUUCCCUCAUCGGUGCUAGCACUCGCUUUACCAGCAGUGCUCUGCCUGCUCUGCUGAUCUAUAAGGGAGGCGAGCUCAUUGGCAACUUUGUGCGAAUCACUGACCAGCUUGGAGACGAUUUUUUUGCUGUGGACCUGGAGGCUUUUCUGCAGGAAUGUGGUCUGCUCCCAGAAAAGGAUGUGGUGCUGCUGACCUCCAUUCAGAACCCAUCUGCCUGUUUCAGUGAGGACAGUGAUCUGGAGAUAGACUGAAAUAAGCUUCCCAAAGGGCCAGUAAGCUAGGGCUGUAUAGUUGGGUGUCCUUGUGCUGUAAGAUUUUCAUUCCUCCCUGCCUGUGUGUCUCCUUUUGCACUUUGGCUUUUUGCCCAUUAGUAUUUUGUUUAAACUCCUUUGUUAGCAUAAUGUAAAGAAUUCUUAACAUUUUCUUAAAUUAAUUCAAUAAAGGGUGAACUAAAACCUGCCUUA